AUGUGCAAGUGCCUUUUGCGGCCAGACGACGACGACGACGACAUCGAGAACAAGUCAAACGACCGAAUCCCUCCCCGUCCGACCGUUGCCGCCGUCCGUCAAGCCAAUCCGUCGUCCGUCGAGGCGAUCCCCCAUCCGUCGAGGCGAUCCCUCAUCCGUCGAGGCGAUCCCCCGUCCGUCGAGUCAAUCCACCUCGAUCCCCCGUCCGUCGAGCUGAUCCGCCGUCCGUCGAGCCGAUUCGCCGUCCGUCGAGCUGAUCCGCCAUCCGUCGAGCUGAUCCCCCAUCCGUCGAGCCGAUCCCCCCCGAUUCGCCGUCCGUCGAGCCGAUCCCUCAUCCGUCGAGCCGAUCCGCCGUCCGUCGAGCUGAUCCCCCAUCCGUCGAGCCGAUUCGCCGUCCGUCGAGCCGAUCCCUCAUCCGUCGAGCCGAGCCGAUCCCUCAUCCGUCGAGCCGAUCCGCCGUCCGUCGAGCUGAUCCCCCAUCCGUCGAGCCGAUCCGCCGUCCGUCGAGCCGAUUCGCCGUCCGUCGAGCCGAUCCCUCAUCCGUCAAGCCGAUCCGCCGUCCGUCGAGUCGAUCCCAUGACCGUCGAGCUGAUCCCCCAUCCGUCGAGCCGAUUCGCCGUCCGUCGAGCCGAUCCCUCAUCCGUCGAGCCGACCCCCCGUCCGUCGAGUCGAUCUCCCGUCCGUCGAGCUGAUCCGCCGUCCGUCGAGCCGAUUCGCCGUCCGUCGAGCCGAUCCCCCAUCCGUCGAGCCGAUCCCCCGUCCCGGGAUGCCGCGUGCGUGCCGAGUGCCGCGCCCACGAGCGUCGUGCCCGCCAGAUUGUCGCUCCAACGUGCUGCGGAGCUCGUGCGGUGCAGGCGGAGAGUCGGUCCCGGCCGUGGCCGAGGCAGGCCGUGGGCAUCAAGGAGAGGCAACUGCGACUACAGCGACUGCGACUACAUCGACUGCUUCGACCACCGUCACCGUUGUAUGCUGCCCGAGCCGUGA